AUGAGUGUGGCGAGACCUGCAAUACUUGUUAAAGAUUGUGAGAUGACUGCUCCAUGUGGGACUACAAUUCUCUACCCAACAAGUGGAGGCAACAUCCAUUGUUUCAAAGCAAUCACUCCUUGUGCUAUCUUUGAUAUCUUGUCCCCCCCUUACUCUUCUGAGGAUGGACGACAUUGCACUUAUUUCCGGAGGUCCCCAAGAGGGGAUCUGCCUGGCUCUCUUGACUUAAAAGGGAUGACAGUUUCUGAAGUGACGUGGUUAGAAGAAUUUCAACCUCCUGACGACUUUGUGAUUCGGAGAGGGCAGUACAAGGGCCGUGUAAUUAAAACCUGA